AGUGACCUGGUCCAGAAAGAGAGAGAGAUUUCACCGCCAGUACAACCUGAAUCCUUAAUGAUCGAAUAGGGUUUUGCCAUUGACUUUCAUGGAUGAUGGACUGCGCCCUAGAUAUAGGGGAAGUGUAGAAGGAGCAUCAGAGUCAAAGACAAGGAGGGGGCUUCCCCUCGACGGGAAAGGGAAGGUCGAAAGAGAGAUGUCGCGAAACUGCCUUUCCAAGGGGAACGGGAAGGACGUCCUGGUUUCUCAGCUUCCCUGUGUAUCCUUCAGAGAGACUGAGGGUUUCACUGCAAGAGGCAGAAGAUGGAUAGUGGAGAAUCAGUGCCGAUAAUGUGUGUGGUGGAUGGAGACAGCGGAGCAGACGCUGUUGGGGUGGCGGGGGAGAACGGAGGGAAGGCGAGUGGUGCCGAGAUUAAAUGAGACAGGGGGAGCCCAGAGGAUGUCCUCCUGGCUCCACCAGUGGAAGAACCUAGGUGGGUACGUCGUGGAGGAGGAGGAGGAGGGACCAAAAGAAAGGGAUGAAACAUGCGUCGGACAUGUCGGCCACACGUUCGCCGCUCAUUUAUGCAAGUGACACAUACAGGCAUUUACAUACGGGCAACUAGCCCACACGAAUCUCCCAAGUGCAUUGCAUUGCAUGCACUACAUCGCGUUUCCAAAGUGGGCGGGACUUUGGGUGCCUUUUCCUAACAACAUGCUCAUAAUGCAACACAGGGAAAUAAAAUAGGGGAAAGUCCUCACUGCGGGAAACAAAUUGUAGAAGAGAAGACUUCAUCUAUGCUUGAUGCAUACCUGGUGCAGGCAGUCAGAGCGGCGGGCAAGUGCGAUGCGGUCUUUAAGGGCUUCUCGGACUGUGUGCUCAAGAUGGGCGAUAACAUUGCCAACUAUCCGCAAGACCUGGACGACAAGAGAAAUCUCGAAACCAUCUGCCAGUACUGGGACGAUUUCCACGCCUGCACCCUUACAGCCCUCACGGAUUGCCAGGAAGGGGUGACAGACGUCUGGGAGAAACUGAAAGAGAAAUCCAAAAAGCUCGAGUACGAGGGCAACUUGUUCGUCCUCUGCAGCAAACGCAACCGGGCAGGCCUGCCGUCGGCCGUGGCUUCCGCCUCGCCGCUGCUGCUGCUGGCUCUUUCGGCCGCCCUGGCGACUUGGUUCUCCUUCUAGAAGGCCGGCCCUCGUGUCGAGCACACACCCAUCCACACGACCCUCAGCCUCCCCCCGCCGCCAGGACUUCUUCUCUCUUUCUCCAGGGCCUGGAUUUCUAGAGGAAAAGUCUCCCUUCCCUUCGACCCGGGGCGGGCCGGCCGGCGGCGUGUUGCGGGAGGAACUGCUGUGGAUUCUCCGCGGCGCAGACAGACGCUGCCCGGCCGGGACAUCCGUCGAAGGAAGGAUUGUGGGAGAAAGAGAGAGAAGCGGCCGCCGCCUCCGCCGCCACCACGACCACGACGACCACCACCACCACGACAGCAACAGCAACCGAGCGCUUUUCUCUCUCUUCCUCUCGUUUCUUUUGUCUUCUGAUGAUUUGCCAAAUGGUACCAAGCGGUGAGCAACCAACAGCCAAACUCGGACCUCAGCUUUACUCCUCUCUGCAGAUCAAGGUCAACUUGAGCCCUCUCUUUUUGUGUGCACAAAGAAUCUCAGGAACGGCUUCGAGCCACCACCGAAUACUCCUAAUAAAGCGUUACUAGGUAAUAAUGAUAGUAAUAAUAAUAAUACUAUUAAGAACACUACUCACGGCAACAAAAGAGGGGCUCUUCUGGGCAACAUCAAAGGAAAGGAUGAGUUGAGCAAGGGAAUGUGUGGAAACGAGGGGGCGGGGCGGGAAAGGGCACCGGAAAUGAAUCCACCACGUGCGUGAAGAAGCAUACAUUUUAUGGCGAAGUAACUCACAGACUAUCAUCUUUCCUAGGAAACUCUUGUGGUUUUUAUUUUUUAUUUUUUCAGUCAUUCCACAACAAAGACAUAAGAACCCUCUCCCCAAGGCGGGGCGGGGGGAUGGAAGAGAGAGCAACGGAAGGACCCACGAAAGAGAAGGGGUUGGUGGGGUGGGGAGAGAUUUCGCUAAAUGAUCGACCCAAUGAAUGCUGCUAAGUUUGCUGAGAGUUGAGUUUUACUUAACACGGUCAAGGCAUCUUUUUCCAAGUUCCACUGCCUUUUCUUUACAUCUUUUCCCUUCUUUUCUUGUUUUAGGUGUUCCACCAUUACCGUAAGAUAUCUGACUAUCCAACAGGGUAGAUCACAUGAAAAAAAAGGGGGGGGCGUAUAUGUUAAAGUAAAAAAAAUAAAAAUAAAAUAAACACACAGCAUAAAGGUUUUGCGGGGGAAAGUAUUAAAAGAGCCUUGAUUUUAAAAGAACAAAAAAAAAUGUAAUUUAAGAAAGUUUAUUAUAAAGUCAGUUCAGCAAAAAAAAUAUAAAAGAUUUGCUACAAAGUAUAGAAAAAGUAUAAAAUAAAAAAUUAUUGUUUGAAA